AUGAACGGACACAUCUCAAACGGACAUGUGUCCGAAGAACAUUCUAGACAUUCAGUAUCCGACCAAGUCGAGAGGACCCAAGUAAGGCUACCGAAGAAGCUCAUCGUAUGCUGCGAUGGCACAUGGAUGGACAGAGACAAUGGCUACCAGAAGCCAUCCUUCCUGCAGAAGCUCCGUGGCAAAUCUGGAAAACUUCAAAAUCCCUCAAAUGUCACGAGAAUAGCCAGGGCAAUGAUGUCCGAGGACGAAGCCAAGCACCCUCAGGUGAUAUACUACCAAUCAGGAAUCGGAACUGGGAUUGGGAUAUACGAUAAACUGUUUGGUGGAGGAACAGGGCUUGGAUUGUCUGAGAAUGUUCGCGAGGCUUACGCAUUCCUGGGGACCAAUUAUUCUCCCCACGAUGCAGACAAUCUUAGCAAGCCGGAUUCCAUCUUUCUGCUGGGAUUUUCUCGCGGCGCAUUCACAGCAAGGACAUUGGGAGGCUUCAUUGCCGCGGUAGGCAUUCUGACGAAAGCGGCAAUGCCAUGGUUCUACGAUGCGUUUCAAGACUGGGAACACGCAGGCGAGAAGGACUAUCAGCCAAACUUCUUCGAGGCGAUAAGCGCCGCCAAUCCAGACUGGAAACUAGACCCUGCUUACAAGGACCAUUUACUUCGACACGGCCUGACGCAAGAUGCAAACAUCAAGUGCAUAGGAGUUUGGGAUACCGUUGGAGCGCUGGGAAUCCCCAUUAGCCCUCUCCUCCAGCGAACACUCGGCAUGUCAGCCUUCAUCAAGGAAUAUCGAUGGUAUGACACCAGGCUAAGCAAUUGUGUUGAGAAUGCUUUCCAUGCUCUCGCACUCGAUGAACGCAGAUUCCCGUUCUCGCCCGCUGUCUGGGAAAAGGACGAUGCUUGCAAGACCAAUCUGAAACAAGCUUGGUUUCCCGGUGCUCACUCCAACUGUGGAGGCUCAUACGAAGAUUACGGCAUGGCCAAUAUCACACUAGCGUGGAUGAUGGACCAGGUCUCCGGCAACUCGCACGACUUUUCCAGGAAGACAUUCGAUCCCCUUGACUGGAUAAGAUUUGAUGACGACUAUCUGGACACGUGCUUCAAACACAACCAGCAGUACUAUAGCGCAUUAGCCAAGAAGAACCCCUCAGAAAGCGAAGCGUAUCAAGGGUGGUCUAUGGGCAAGGUUUACGAUUCGAACACCUUUCCACAGUCUCUGACAGGAGCCAAACUGCGAACGCCAGGCAGAUAUCAAAAGGCAGACUAUGAGAGCGGCAAAUACACUGGCAAGCCCCUCGAGAAUACUUGCGAGUACAUCCACGCUUCGGUAAGAGCACGAAUGGACUUGGCAGGUCGAUGUGUAGAGCCAGAAGAAUGGUACCAGAAAGUCCUCCGAUGGAUUUGGCGAGUGGUGACGUUCCAGAAAGACAUCAAACCGUAUCGACCGCAACGAAAGAAGGUUUUGGGCGGCUUGGUUGAUCUCGGCGGACCGCUCUAUGGAUGGAGAUUGAUUGACGGACACGAAUCGCACAGCGAGCCAAAUAUGCAAAUCGACAUGAGUCCCGGUGGCAUCAAGCAGGUGCACUGGGAAUACCAAUCUCCAGGCAUGACUUCUGCUUCAAAGAUGGCGGAAGACAUCAUCGCCGAAAAGGGUUACGAGCAAAGACUUCUGGAUCAUGACCAGGAUAGUGCAAAAGCUAAUAAGAUCUUGUUUUCGAAUAACAAAUGGUCUUGGUUUAAGAAGCCGAAAAAAGAGUAUCAUUGGAGCAAGACGUUCUAG